AUGUUGUCUCUCUUAACUCCCAAGCAGACUAUUCUGCUGGUAUCUCUUCUUUCUCUCUCUGCCAAUGCUUUUGCUAACCCUCUUCGUCCCCGCCUUGACAAUGGUUUGGCUUUGACACCACCAAUGGGAUGGAACACAUAUAAUCACUACUCCUGCUCGCCGAACGAGACCAUCGUGCACUCAAAUGCACAAGCAUUGGUGGACCUUGGGUUACAAGCGCAGGGGUACCAUUUUGUGACAGUGGAUUGUGGAUGGACUUUGCCAGAUAGAUUGGCCAAUGGGACGAUGACAUGGAACUCUGCCAUAUUCCCUAGUGGCUUCCCAGCAUUGGGUAUCUUCGUGCACAACCUGGGACUUGGAUUCGGGGUAUACUCUGAUGCUGGAAUACAAAUGUGCAUGACAGGAACACCUGCGCAGGUGGGGAGUUUGUUCCAUGAACAGCAGGAUGCGACUACUUUUGCUUCUUGGGGAGCUGAUCUUCUGAAAUACGACAAUUGUUACUCGGAAGCUUCAGCAGACUACCCAAACACAGAUUAUUCUCCAAGCGUCUCUCCUUCAGGGCGAUACCAGAAUAUGAGCUCUGCCCUUCUAGCCACGGACCGGCCGAUUGUUUUCCAGAUCUGUGAAUGGGGAGUUGACUUCCCUUCCGCCUGGGCACCUGCAUUGGGAAAUUCGUGGCGCGUGACCAACGACAUUAUUCCAGCAUACCGAACUAUCCCUCGGAUUCUUAACCAAGUGGUGCCACAAACUUCGUUUGCAGGCCCUGGGCAUUGGCUGGAUCUCGACAUGCUAGAAGUUGGGAAUAACGUCUUGACAAUACCUGAGGAACAGACUCAUUUUUCGCUUUGGGCGAUUCUGAAGAGCCCUUUGGUUAUUGGUGCUGCGCUAAAGGACACCACGACAAGUAUCAACACAGAAUCUCUGAAUAUCUUGUUGAACGAGGAUGUUAUUGGCUAUAACCAGGAUUCAUUAGGUGUUGCGGCAAGCUUCCGCAGGAGAUGGACCGAAGAAGGAUACGAGGUAUGGGCCGGAGACCUGAGUGGAAGUCGGAUGGUUGUCGCUGUGGCUAAUCUGCAAAAUACGGCAAGAAGCCUGACAUUGAACCUCACGGAUGUGGGUGUACAGACGGUAGGAUCUCUGAAGGAUAUAUGGAACGGUGUCACAGCCAGUAAUGUCGCAACUGCAUACACCGGCCACGUCGAAGCCCACGGAACGAUCCUUCUGGAGCUAUCUAGCUUUACCGCCGCGCCUGCAGCCUCAACACCUACUUUCUAUUCCAGCGCAUCUUUCACGCCCGCAGGUGACGCAGUCCGCACAACUUGCAGCACAGGCCUCUGCACUCCUGUUGGCUCUAAGAUUAGUUACAUCUCACCCACUGGCACCGCAUCCCUAUCCAUCACUGCAGCGUCAGCCGGCUCAAAGCUCGUCGACGUAUAUUUCUGCAACAACGAUAUCGCUCUCUCGACAUCCUGGCUAUACGGAACCAAUACCAGGAACUUGACAAUCGCGGUGAAUGAUGUUGUGACGAGGAUUGAGGUUCCGCUGAGCGGGAAGAGCAGUGAGCUGUUCAGUCCUGGGCUAGGAUGGCAGGAUACGGGUAUUUUCAAGGUGUUGAUUGGUGGGUGGCAAGAGGGAGCAAACACUGUUGUUAUUGGGAACCAGGGAGGUGCUGCUGGGUAUCAGAGUUACGGGGCUGAUUUUGUGGGGAUGGGAAUAUACUCUUGA